GACGGCCAUACCAGUCUGACUGAGCUUCCUUGGUAAAGUAAUUGUUUUAAAACCAAUUGGCCUGUGUCUCAUGUACACCAAACCCUUUUUAUCCCAGUGUAACGGGGCUUUAAUGCAGGUGUACUGUAAUUUGGUCCCAUAUAAAGGCCCUUUUACACGGCUGGUGUAAGUGAGAAUCAGGUCCUUUGACAACGUAACUUGAUUAGAGGAUUUCGAUUGCCGCGAUGCUGGGGAAGAUGGCGGCAGCUGUUGCAACCUUUGCAUGCCUGGUGAUGCUCAGCAGCUUACAAGCUUAUGAGGCCACAGCGGUGCCGCACAGUCAGGUGAAUGGGAUUGUCCGUGGCACGGUGUAUCUAAACCCCAAACUGUCAGUCCCACAGCAAUACAAGCAGAUCAUCUGGAGGUUCAACAACUCCCUAAAGAUCCUGACUAAAAAAUGGAAUCAGCCAGUGUCUUAUCCCAGUGGCUCUUUUCAGAAUAAACUGCAUUACCACGAGAAUCACACCCUGGAAAUUAACCAGCUGCAGAAGCAAGACAGCGGCAUCUUCCAGAUACAAGUGGAAGACAACCUAAGCAAGAAGACAAAUGAAGAUAUCCAACUGGAUGUGUACGAGCCCGUCCCUAAACCCAGGAUGAACUUCACUAUCAGGGCCAACAAAGAUGGAUGGUGCAAUGUCACCCUGGCGUGCAUUGUGGAUGCCACCCAAGUGACCUACCACUGGCGCAAGAAUGAAAAGGAUUUAGUGGGCGAAAAUAGCAACACACUGGAUGAUCAGUUAAAGUUAGAAAGUGACGCAUCUUACAAAUGCAUCAUUAGCAACCCCGUCAGCGAAGAGACGGGCUUCAUCCAUUACGGAAGCCUUUGCAAGAAGGAUGAGAAAAACUCAGCCGUGCCCGUGUCCCUGGCUCGGAAGACGGCCGAUUCCAUCCUGGCGUUUGGAUUUCUCCUCCUCGUCCAUAACUGGGUCUAAGGCUGGGGAGCCAAGAGAACGCAACAAACCACUCGAUUGCCUCCGCCUGGUGAAACACACAAGACCAAAAUGAACUCCUGAAAUAGCCGCGUUUGACAGCCAUCCCCCAUCUUGCCAACACACUGGGGAUUGAACCAGGGGCUUAGAGAACUGAGGGGAAGAUGAUGUUGCGGAGACAAGGCCCAUUACUUGGGUGCUAUAAUAGACUCACCUCUGCAGAUGGGGGGUGGGGGGGAGGAUCCUGGCUGUUUACUGGAUAAGAACAAAUGCCCUAAAUCAGUUUAAAUUCAGGCUAUUUAUUCCUUUGUUUGUUGGGCUCUGGAUAAUCCAGUUUAAAAGCGCAGCCGCUCCAGGUUGUGGGCACAGUUGCCAACUUUCACAUGGUAAAUAAGCACCCCGACUUUCACAAUAAGCCAAAAAUCAAGCUAAUCCCAUUUCAAAACAAGCCAAUCCCUAAGUACCCCAACACUCUGUGUCACU